GAACAAUAACAACAAACAAGCUAAACAAAUCAAUGAGAAAAUUGGGACUACUAGUAGUAGAUUACAAAUAAUUAGCAAAAAGAAGAAAAAAAAAACUAUAAUUUUGUGUAUAGCGAGUACUUGAUGUUAGUGGAAGAAGUGAAUUAAGUGAAAGCUAAAGAGAAUUGUACGGACAAAAAGAUCAAUACAAAAAUUAAUAUAGAUUAAAUUCAUAAAAUUAUAAAAAAGUAAGAAUUUUCACGUGAUGGUCAGUAAAAACAAAAGGUUUGGUUUAUUUUGAAUAGAAAAUAAUGAAAUCUGACUCAACAACAGUUACAUUAGCAACAACAAUAACAAAUAAAACAUCAGCAGUAGCAGCAGCAGCAACCAUAUCGACGACGAUGAAUCCCUCAUUGCUGCGACAACGUCAUAAUACGAACCUGGAGCAGCAGCGCUCUCAACAUCAAAGCGACCAUCAUCAUCACACAGCUGCUGAACUAGGAGCAGACAGCAUGUUUAAUAAUUCCCUAGCUAAAGACGAGAAAAAAGAAGAAAUCUACUACGGAAAACAAAACACACUGCACAGUCGUCUUACACACAUCCAACAACAACAACAGAAACACAAUAAAAACUUUGACACCUAUCCCCCCAAAAGAAAUUACAGCAGAAAACCGCAACAGAACAACAAUUCAAACUCAUUAUCUACGAGUAAUAUUUUACAAACAACGACACUGAAACGAGCUAUGUACAGUGGCAGAGUCUAUACGAAACGUUCAGCGAAAAGAAGUUUUAGUGAGAGUUCAGCGGAGAAAUUGCAUCGUUAUACGACCAGCGAUAGCAGUACCAGUCAGGAGGAGGAGGAUGAAUUAAUGAUGAGCACAUCGGAUAAACGUAAAAUGUCGCGCAGAAGUUUAAGCAGUGGACUUCAGCAUCACAAAUAUCAACAUCAUCAGAUGCUGCAACGGAGUCAACGAACAUCGCAAAGUAUGGAGGUCGAAGAUGAUGGCAAUGUGGUUGGUUGUUCGACAAUAUUUGGCAAAAAUUCGCAGUAUGUUAGUGAUAUGAUCGAUAUUGGUAUAAGAGUUGUAUUGGUUGUUGUUUUUAGUAAAUUGGAAACACAAACCGCAUUCAAACGCAUCAUUCAUUCGGAGGAAAUGUGGAUGUAUAAGAAUCCGCGCACCAAAGAUUACGUCUCACCGCUGGCUCUUUUAUUGGCCGUUAUAGUUGGGCCAUUCUUUGUGACAUUAAUCCAUUUGGCGCUAACAAAGGAUAGAAAAGAUUUUCGUGCUGCCAGCUGGGCCUGGACUUUGAUAUUGGGUUUAAAUGGUUUGGCAACAAGUCUAUUGAAAAUAAGUGUGGGUCGUCCAAGGCCAGAUUUUUAUUAUCGCUGUUUUCCCGAUGGUGUAAUGCAGUUGUCACACAAUGGCACUGGCAUGGACAAUAUGUUGGAUUUGUUUAAUUGCACGGGCAAUGUAAGAGAUAUUAAUGAGGGACGCAAAAGUUUUCCCAGUGGACAUUCAUCAUUUGCUUUUGCUGGUUUUGGCUUUAUUACCUACUAUGUAGGAGCCAAACUGCAUGCCUUUAAUCAUCGUGGUCGUGGUGAGUCUUGGCGUUUGUGUAUUUCUUUAACACCCUUAGUGUUGGCUGCUUUAGUAGCAGUAAGCCGUACUUGUGAUUAUCAUCAUCAUUGGGAGGAUGUUACCAUUGGCAGUGUUAUUGGUUUGAUGGUCUCCUAUUACAUCUACAGACAAUAUUAUCCCUCAAUAUUUUCGCAAAACUGUCAUCGUGCAUAUCCCAGGGGUUUGCAUCCUACCAUAAAGGCCAUGCCUGAACACACCGUACAACCUAGAAAUCGCAGACGUUUGCAUUCGUAUAAACGAGUGCCCAGCGAGGAAUGUGGCGAGGCUAGUCUGUUGUGUGAGGGACAAAAUGAGGGUUUUACAGCCGAAACAGAUAAAAGGCCGUUAUUAAGUGAACAAAAGACCGAGAAUAAAUGGUUUUAAAACUACGCACAAACAUAUUACAUAUGUAUGUAAAUACGUACGUACAUAUGUAUGAAUUUAUACCAUUUUUAGUUAAAUAAUCUUUUGUGAAUUUAUAUUUACAUACUUCUAAUCUACAAUAUGUAAUAACUUUAAACAGCUAAUUGCCUAUUCAGCUGGCUGUAUUUUUCUAUGUAUUAUUUUACUUUUCUUAUUAGUUUUAAGUAGCCUACCAUAAUUUUAAGCACUUUUGUAGCAAAAAUACUCCUUUUUCUCCACCCAAUAUACAUUGAGUUAAGGUUUAAAAUUAAAGUACACCAAAAGCAAGAAGCUAUAAACACAGCUACUUACAUUAACAUAAAACAAACGACAUUAAAUGUCCCAAAAUGUAAAUUUAUUUAGUCAGUCAAGUUAGUAACCAACAAAUAUCAUAAUUUUAUUAUUUAUACAAAAAUAUAAUUAAUAGAACGAAUAAAUAAAAUGACUUUUUUCCUUUGGAAAUAAAGUUGAAAUGAAAAUUUAUCAAUUGCAA